GUAAAUGGUGAUCCCUCCCAGAGCUCCCUCUGCGCACUCCGGAGCGGUCUCCUCUGAGGGUCACACCGGAUUGCAUCCCCUUUUCCAGAACCCUCCCUUAUCCGUGUGGAGAAAAUCUCCCACCCACCUCCGCUUCCACCGCCAUCAUUACCACACACUCACUCACACACACUCACACACACUCUCACACACACACACCCCUCCAGCCUGAAAAUCAUCGCCGUUGGGGUUUUUGUCGGCUCGCAAUCUCCCGCGAAGUCGAGUGUUUUUAAGCGGCGCCGGUGAUGGAAAGCAGAGAGGAGGCGGCUCGGUUGGCGGAGGGAGGUCAGCUCGGCAAGAGCGGCUCUAAUCCGCCGGAAGGCAUCGUGAGCCCGGGGCGAGAAGCUCCGGGGAAGCCGGGCUCCAGGAGCUGCCUCAGCCCCGGCGCUGCGCCCUACUCCCGGGAGAGGAGCGAGCUGCUGCAUGCGGAGGACAGGACGCGAAGGAAUAUGUGCGCCGACGCGAGACCGCUCACCACGUCUUCCUCCAUCAAGAGGCACCGGGCUGAAAGGAGCCACAAAGACGAAAGCAGCUCAGACACCGAGUCAGACUUCUAUGAAGAAAUUGAGGUCAGCUGCACGCCUGAAAGCAUGGACUACCCGACAGCGAAAGGUCGGAACGGAGAUUCUCCAGGUCACCCGAGUGAGAUGGGUGUAGAUCCGGCUAAGUCGGUCCCGGGUCAGGGCUCGCUGUCCUACGCCGCAGACCAGAUCCGCCGGUACCGGACAGCGUUCACCCGGGAGCAGAUCGGACGACUGGAGAAGGAAUUUUACCGGGAGAACUAUGUAUCCAGGCCGCGCAGAUGCGAGCUGGCGGCUGCUUUGAAUCUACCUGAAACCACCAUCAAAGUGUGGUUCCAGAACCGGAGGAUGAAGGACAAGCGCCAGCGUCUGGCCAUGACGUGGCCUCACCCCGCCGACCCGGCCUUCUACACCUACAUGAUGAGCCACGCCGCGGCCACGGGGAACCUGCCCUACCCCUUCCCGUCGCACCUGCCGCUGCCCUACUACUCCCCCCUGGGGGUCGGGGUCGGGGCCGGCGCGGCCCCCGCAGCCGCCCCGUUCUCCAACCCGCUGCGCUCCCUCGACAGUUUCCGGGUGCUGUCCCAUCCCUACCAGAGGCCGGAGCUACUGUGCGCCUUCAGACACCCGUCCAUGUACCCGGGGCCGCCCCACGGCCUGGGCCCCGGGGGCAGCCCCUGCUCCUGCCUGGCCUGCCACUCCAGCCAGGCCAACGGCAUCGCAGCCAGGCCCUCCGGGUCGGACUUCGCUUGCUCCCCAACCAGCAGGACGGACACUUUUGUCACUUUCACGCCUUCAGUACUCAGCAAAUCAUCACCUGUCACGUUAGACCAGAGGGAAGAAGUGCCUCUGACCAGAUAAAAACCAAACCCAACCAACUCUUGUUUCACAUAAGCCUCUACAAUAAGCUUUUAAACUAGAUAUAUAUGAUCCAGAAGAUGAAGGAGUGAAGACUUGAGCAGGUUUUAGACCAAUCUUGAGAUGUAAAAAAACGCACAACAGAUCUGCUAUUGCUGUAAUAUAAUAGUUCCAUCGCAGAGCCUGGACUGUAAGCUGAAAUAUGAUCGCAUUGCUACAAAAUUAAAUAUGAUUUUUUUAAAGAACAACUAUGAGUGAGAGAGGGGUGCAGUGUGUGCAGACCAACGUUUAAAUCUACGUGAUGGACUGCAUUAAGAUGUUUUUUUCUUUCCCUUUCCUCUUUUGUCGCCCCUUCAUGCGCCCAAAACGACCUCCACAUAUUGUUAGUUACGGGAGAGUGAUGUUUUCCAUCUCUCUUCUUAACAAGGGGAUUUGUUAACAGACUGCUGCCGUCUCAUUAGAAGCAGCUCUCCGCGCCGUGGCCCCAGCGGCGGCCCCGGGCCCAAAUGUGCGCAUGCAAGUAAAAUUAGCAAGCCAUGUAUAAGCACGAGCCGGCGAAUUUUGAGUGUUGAAUUAAUGAUAAUACCAGGAGGGGAUUGCUGCCAAAAGGUAACAAGGCGCCGAGGGAGCGGAUUACUCCAUCCCGCACGGUUUGAAAAGAGCGACUCGGGGCCCCACAGGAGGACGAGGAGAGGACAAUCAAAAUAUAGAAAUUAAGUCUGACAAUUUUUAAGGCUAUCAAAUACACACCGUCAGUUUUUCCUCCCAUGCAGAUAUAAAAGACAGUCCAAUCUAAUUAAGAUGUGAUUACAUUAAAAAUCUUUUUUUUUUUUUGGUUUGCACAGCUGCCGUUGCAUCAGCUUUGCAUUUCACUAAAAUAUGGACUAAAAAGGGAUUAUUUUGUUUGUUUGUUGGUUUUUUUCUUAAUCUAUUUUUAUCUGUCUCUUUUUAUUUGUUUAGGCUAUUUUAUUUUUAUGAUUGUUCCAUUGUGUUUUUG